GGAGAAAAAAAAAUAAACGAAAGAGAUGAAUUAGAAUCAUCCCCCAAGAAUUGGAAGAAAUAAAGAAAUGAAAGGUAGUUAAGUUCCCUCUUUAUUUAACUAACCGCCCAAAACAAAUUCUCCUUUCUAUUUCAUUUUUUCGACCGUUAUUUUAUCGGCUAAUCGCGGGCGGAGCUUUCUACUCCGUCGUCGCCACAAAAUAUCUAAUUAUGUGCUCGUCGAAACAAAUGAAGAUGCACCACCACCGCUCUUCCACGGCCAUUGAAGAUUGGAGAGAGGACGCAAUCAGCCGCGGAUCCUUAAAACACGUCGAUCUCAACACCGGAUCUAACGGCUGGGCGGCUCCUCCCGGUGAUUUCUUCUCCGUCCGAGGACCUAAUUACUCUACCCAAAAGGGCAAAACUCCAGCCGGCGAAUGGCUCCUCGAUCCCGCCGGAGUCGAUUGGAUCCGAUCCAACGGCAAGCUCGAAAACCUCCUCGCGCGCCGCGACAACCGCGUGAUGAACGCGCUGCGCGAAUCGAAGAAAUCGACGCCGGAGACGUUCAUAAUCGCGGUGAAUCUCCAGAUCCCCGGCCGCGAGCAUCACUCCGUGGUGUUCUACUUCUCGAGCAAGGAAGGGGAGCCGAUCGGAUCGAAUCCUCUGCUCCACAAUUUCAUCAACGGAUCGGAUGAAUAUCGCAACAGCCGAUUCAAAAUCGUGAAUAAAAUCGUGAAAGGACCGAGGAUUCUGAAGACAGCGGUGGGGAGAUACUCGGCGUGUCUGCUCGGCAAGGCUGUGAACUGCUGCUACCACCGGGGAGCGGAUUAUCUGGAAAUCGAUGUCGACAUCGGCAGCUCCACCGUCGCCUCCGCGAUUUUACGGCUAGCGUUAGGGUGCAUGAAGGCGGUUACGGUGGAUUUGGGGUUCUUAGUGGAGGGGCAGACGGAGGAGGAACUGCCGGAGAAGCUAUUUGGCGCGGUGAGGAUCUGCCAGAUGGAGAUGAGCUCGGCGAAAUUUGUAGAUGUCGCGGCCCCGUCGCCGGUAAUCAGUAAUAAGGUCUUCCCCGUCAAUAGUGAUAAACAUUAGAUACAUUAGAAUUUUUGUUGGUUUUAUAUAAUUUUUCCUUCAACUUGAGGUGCUAAUUAAGCUUCUAAUGAAUUUUUCUCCAAUCUGCAAUGACAAUUGCUGAAUGUUAAUAUUAUUAAUUUUUUUCUCUAAACUAAAUAUGUGUUAGCGUUAAAAUCACUCUUGUUAUGUGAAUUGUAGUUU